CCGGAUGUGAGUGGAGCGGCCAUUUCCUGUUUCUCUGCAGUUUUCCUCCAGCUUUUUGGGUGGUGGCUACCGCUGGGCUCCGGCUCGCAGUCCGCUGAGCGCGAGGCGGCGUGGACAGCGGCCCCGGCACCCCGCCGCCCGCAGACGCGUGCCCGCCCACCCGCCGCGCCCUGUGCUCUCAGCUUCUCGCUUCAUCGCGCGGCCGCCGUCGCCUCCCCGCGAGUGGCCCAGAUGCAGGCCAUCAAGUGUGUGGUGGUGGGAGACGGAGCUGUAGGUAAAACUUGCCUAUUGAUCAGUUAUACAACCAAUGCAUUUCCUGGAGAAUACAUCCCCACUGUCUUUGACAACUACUCUGCCAAUGUUAUGGUAGAUGGAAAACCCGUGAAUCUGGGCUUAUGGGAUACAGCUGGACAAGAAGAUUACGACCGAUUACGCCCCCUCUCCUAUCCGCAAACAGUUGGAGACACGUAUGGUAAGGAUAGCACCACCAGGGGCAAAGACAAGCCGAUUGCCGACGUGUUCUUAAUUUGCUUUUCCCUGGUGAGUCCUGCAUCAUUUGAAAAUGUCCGGGCAAAGUGGUACCCUGAGGUGCGACACCAUUGUCCCAACACUCCCAUCAUCCUCGUGGGAACCAAGCUGGAUCUGAGGGAUGAUAAAGACACAAUUGAGAAACUGAAGGAGAAGAAGCUGACUCCCAUCACAUACCCCCAGGGCUUAGCGAUGGCCAAGGAGAUUGGUGCUGUCAAAUACCUGGAGUGCUCGGCACUCACGCAGCGAGGCCUCAAGACAGUGUUUGAUGAAGCCAUCAGAGCCGUCCUCUGCCCACCCCCUGUCAAGAAGAGGAAGAGAAAAUGCCUGCUGUUAUAAAAUAGCAGAACCCCUCGUCCUUCCCCACCCAUCCACGCCCCGGACCCUUUGUACGCUUUGCUCAAAAA